GUCCAAGAGAGAUUUGAUUUGGGCUGGAUCCAAAAAUAAUGACCCAAUAUAGAUUUGUUAUUAAUAUUACUUAAUUGCCCUUAAUGAAACAUGCAAUGUUAGUGAAGGAAACAUGCCCCUAAGGUAAUUAUGACAAUAUGAUCCUGCUUUAAUAGUAUAGAUAUUAAAAUAACAAUACUUUAUGGCUGAGAAACUCAAUUUGAGAUCCUCCCCAAUAAGGUUAACACAAUGUUUAAUUAGGUUUUCUGGUUUUUCUUUGGGGGCGAAGAAAACGAAUCUAUUAAAGGACCUCUCUCUUUUCUGAAAACAAUGGAUAGGAUCAGUUUAUUGCCUGAAGACUUGAUCUUGAAAAUAUUAUCAUCAGUUCCAACAAAAAUUUCUGUAACCACAAGCCUUUUGUCAAAGAGAUGGUGUUAUCUUUGGAAACAUGUGCCGAAGCUCUUGUUCUAUCUGGGUCCCUCUGACUACCAGAGGGCUUCUCGUUUAGUUCACACGUUUUUGUUACUAAACAAGGCUCCUGUCCUAGAAUCGAUGCAUCUCUCACUUGGUCAAAAAGGUUCUUCCAUUGACAUUGAAACAUGGACUCGUGUUGCAAUUUCUCGUGGUGUCCGCAAUCUUCUAUAUUCCAGAUUUUCAGCAACCCUACGGUUGCCUAGGAGUCUGUAUACAUGUGAAACCCUUGUGACUUUAACCCUAAUUGCAGCUGUCAUUGUGGAUGUUCCUUUGACCAAUAUUUGUUUCCCGUCACUCAAGGCUUUGACUCUUUUGUUUGUUGAUUUCUUAAGCGAUGAAAUCGUUAGUAGUCUUUUAUCUGGUUGCCCUGUCCUUACAGAACUGAACGUGUCUCGAUUAAGCAAUGCCAGAGUGAAAACUUUCACAGUCUUUGUUCCUUCACUUCAGUGUUUAACCAUCAUAGACAUCAAAAUGGGUUCUCAAGCUCAAGGAGAUGAUGUUGGGUUUGUGAUCAAGGCUCCUUCUUUAAAUUCGUUAACUAUUUAUAGCGAGUUUAGUUGGUUUUGUUCAUUAGUGAAAAUGCCCUACCUCGUUAAGGCUAAUGUCAAGCUUCCACAUGGUGACUCUAAGAAGUUUAAGGGUUGUCUUACCUCAGCCAAGCACCUUUCCUUGUGUUUACAACCACCACUGGAUCCAUCUCAUAUAGGAGUCUUCGACCAGCUCGUGUCUCUGAAUCUUUGUACAUGCUCUUUAGAUUGGUGUGGUCUUAUACUCAGACAUACACCUAAACUCAGAGUUCUCAGAUUCGUGCUUUUUCGAGCAAAUCUGUCUCCAAAGACAGUUAAUAUUAUAAGGAAAUGUAGAAUGAGUUACGGAGAUUCCACCACUCAAUGGGAGCAACCGAGUUCUGUUCCUCAAUGUCUGACUUCGAGCCUUGAAACUGUUGAGUGGAUUGAUUACAAAGGAACACAAACAGAGAAAGAAAAGGUUAUGUAUUUCUUAAAGAACUCCAGACAGCUAAAGAAAGUGUCUAUUAGAUCCUUAGCAUCCAUCAAUUUAAAUGAGAAACACAAGAUGCUGCUAGAGUUGGCGUCUGCGCAGCGGAUUUCUAGCGAGUGUCGGCUUUUGUUUACCUGAAGUUACGUUGGAUCUCAGAGAUAUACAACUAGCUUCGUUUUUGUUCUUUCUUGGAGUGUCAUUGCCUCAUUGGUUAGUGGUUACAUUGUUUUGUUAACUUUACAAGUUUGGAUAA